AUGAAAAUUGUUAAGCCUAUUUCGAAAAACAUAACUUCUGUCGUAUAUAUUCCACCAGCAGAGGUUGAUGCUGUAAGUGACGAAGAACUUAUUGACGAUAAUGAGAUGAUAACAGAGAUACCAGCUAUGACGGAUGUUUGUGGAGAGUUGGAGGUCGAACAUGAAUCAGAUGUGGAAGAUUUUGCGUCGCCGCCGUCAUGCUUAGUUGGAAUACCUGAUGAUGGACCAUCCUGUUCUGCAGAAACAACUAGGUACACAGCAGAAAAAGAUUUCGGUACACCAAACUGGAAAAAAACCAAACGAAUUGAUUUUAAAUUUGGACCCCCUGACGAAUCAGGUGGCAAAACACCAUUUGAAUUGUUUCUGCAGUUCUUCGACGAAGAAAUAAUGGAAAUGCUGGUCGUGAAUACAAAUAUGUAUGCUCACCAAAAUAAUAUCGUAGUGGAUAUUAGCAAACAACAGAUAUAUCGUUUCAUUGGAGUUUUGAAACUAAGUCGUUAUCAUAAAGUACCUCACGUUGAUUAUUGGAGUUCACAGCAAACACUUGGUAUACCUAUAGUAAAGCAAGCUUUAUCACGUAAUAACUUCCAGUUGAUCAAGAGAAUAUUUCAUCUAAUGGACAAUUAUGGCAUUGAUGCCACAGACAGGUUUGCUAAAGUUCGUCCACUUAUUGAUGCACUGAAUCCCUGCGGCUGGCUUGAAGUUUCUUCGGAUAAGCCCCAUAGGCGCCUACAAGCUUGUGUGCGAAUUUUGUUGUUGCAAUUGGUAGCAAUAAAACGCAAAUCGUAA